GCCCAGCUGCCCUUUCCCGCUUCUUACGUUUUCUGGAACUUUCCAUCCAGGGUGGAAUCGCAGGUUUGAGAGAGAGUGAAAUAGAGGGAGAGGAGAGAGCACAGCUGAAGCUUCAGCCGAAAAAAGCGUCAUUAAUUAGAUCACCCAGGACCAUAUUUUUAAAUUGAUACUCCCGGAAUUUGGCAUUUAGGAAAAUUUGUAAAAGCAGCAUCUUUGCCCAUACUUGCUUUGAGAUGUCAUUCUUUUUAAAUGUUCUGGACAGGCUGGCAUAUUUUCUUUCCUUCCUUGGAUUUUGCGUUAGCGCUUCCUUCAGUUGGCUAAAAUGAGUUCAAGCCGCUAAAUUUCUUGACCAAAUGAAGCCAGAUAUCUCUUAUUGGUUUUCACUUACUUCAUUUUAACGGAAUUAUUCUGAAAACAUUUAUUAUGAGGUGUGUUUCCUCUGCUCGUUGCUCAAGCUGUGGAUCUGGACGUCAAAGUAUGUGACUGUCAGAAGCAGGGGGGAGUGAGAUCCUGGAGGCUGGGAAUACUAUGGUGCUACGUUGUGCUGCUACGCUGAGCUGGAGCCAUGUGCUUAUGCUGGUGCUGUGUCUGUCUGCGGCUGCGGACUUCCACUGGACAAAGCACGACCGCAGCCCCUUCCAUUAUGGCCCUUUUCCAGCUGGAUUUUCGUGGGCAGCCGGCAGUUCAGCCUAUCAAACAGAAGGAGCCUGGGACACGGAUGCCAAAGGAGUGAGCAACUGGGAGUCAUUUUCCCACAAGAUGGGACAAAUAAUCCACACCGCCAAUCAGGACUGUUCCUAUGAGGGAUACUGCAAAGUCAAGGAAGACAUCUCCCUCCUGACGAAGCUGAAGCUGAACUUUUACUGCUUCUCCCUGUCCUGGGCUUGGAUCUUCCCCACAAGGAGGAAGGCUGACCCUGAAAAAGGGAUAAACCACAAUGAUGCCCCAAUCAAUGGUCUCUUGGAGAACUGGAUCACCCCUGUUGUGACCGUGUACCACUGGGACCUGUCAGAAUCCCUGCAGGGAAAGUAUGGUGGCUGGCAGAAUGAAUACAUGGUGUACCACUUCAAUGACUUUGCCUCGCUGCGCUUCGAGAGGUUCAGAGAUAGGGUGAAAUACUGGAUCACUUUCCAUAGCUUCUGGUCUAUAUCGGGAGAUGAGAUGGGAGAACACGUUCUCGGGCUGAAACUGAGGGGCACUGGGCCUUACAGAGUGGCCAAUCACAUUGGAAAGGCCCAUGCUAAGGUCUGGCACAGCUACAAUGCUCACUGGUGCAGUGCACAGAAAGGGAGAAAGAACAUCCAGCAGGGUCUGGUUAGCUCUCAGCUGCCUGCCUUUUCAUCCCAAGGGAAGAGCUACAUCAAGGGCAACUACAACUUCCUGGGCAUCAGCCAUUUCAUACUCUACGCAGGAGAGAACUUCCCACCAGGCCACCAGGGUGGCUGCUUGUCCUACUGUGGUCUGGUAGACCCAUGCUGGCCUGACUUUGAGUGGCUCUACUCCUUGCCCUGUGGGAUCCACCGCCUGUUUAACUGUGUCAAGACUCAGAUUAUAAAUCUGAUAAUCGAGAAGACCACAUGCCCAGAGCUUUGUGGUGAGUGGAUGAUGCAGUACUUCAGGGAGUCCAUCAAUAAAAUGCUGAAAGAACUGGGUAAGAACUGUGGGCUUUACUGUUCUCUGCUGACUGCUAAUUGGCUACCUCACAGAUGGACAGCUGGAAACAGAGCUCCUCCUCCAAUCGGCUUCAAGCUGCAGGGGCGGGAAAGGGAGAAGGAAUUCCGAAGAUCCGGCCAAUGCACGCCGAAGCUUAGAUCACAACAGAUUAAAACCCCUACUGAACUUCGUUUUUCUUUUUGUGGCUUUGCGAGUUUGUGAGUUUACGAGCACGCGCACGCACACACACAUACACAGGCGACGGGUACACUGCCCUGCUGAGAGUCACUGUGACCUGCUGUCUCCUGCUGAUAGGAAGAGGUGCGGCAUUAAACAACACUGAACCUCCCCCUCCAAGUCUGUGGGCUUGACGGUUAGCCAAUACUGUUCCAAAAUGGCUGUGUGUGAUCUGUGGUUUCCAUCUUGUUUGCAAAGGCUUAAAAAAAAUAAAAGAAAA